UGAUCUGGCUUUCUUCAUUUGCAUGGGUUUACGGACGGGGCAUCAACUUUCGGGGUCAUUCAAAAAGCAAUUUGUUAUGACCUGAUUUGAACGAAAUGAGACUUCAACCAACGAUGGAUUACCAUGCGGCUCGCCAGUGAAAACUAACUUAGUGUCGAAGUGAUUAUGCAAAAAGGGGUUGUUAUCCCAGGCACUGUGCUGGCAAGUGCCAUGGCGUGCGAACAGAACAAGACUUGGCGUCAUUUUGAGGCAUCUACCGACCAGUCUUAUACUGUUAAGGGGUUAGACAAAGAUCAACACGUCGUUAUGCGUGGAAUCGGUUAAGGAAAACAUCUCGCCUGGUAGUAAUCAGGUGCUCAUGUUCAAAGGUCAUUGUGUAUCGGGCGCGGCAUACGAAGUGCUCGCCCCGUUAUCAACUACCUAGGCAGGUAGGUAGGUACCCACCUACCUUUGGUAUCCAAAGUGCCCAAAGCUCUUUCAUAAAUGAAGUCAACCAAACGAAAUCAGGUCUUCCUCUUAAAGGCCUUUGAACUAGGUAGGUAUCUAUCCAACCACCCGUCGCUACCUAGGUUGCUGCCCUACAACAAGCCGGACUCUUGUGCUUCUCUCUUUCUAGUUCUAAUCAAAGUCCCCCAACAAUCUUUGAAUAAUAACCUGAGCGCCUGACUGAAGUCUGAUGAUCUGACUGGCAAUAAUUACUCCGACACCUACCAAAUUCUAAGCAGGACUGUAUUGUUUAUGUGUCGAUUCUCUGGCUUGGUAUGUGCCUUAGGCAAGGCACCUGGGCAUGUACCUAUCUUGUCGAUUUACAACAUGGUCGUCUCUGCCUCUAAACGAGCGAGACCACCUGCCUGUCUUUUCUUCUCGAAUGCGGUCAAAGAGCAAAACUUGCAAGUACUCUGAUAGUAUGGCAAGCAUCUGCCUACCUGGGCCGGCUACGAAGACUUCCCCCCAGAGCGAUAACCUGUCUGCAAAUCAUCGCUAGGCAAGUACGACCUACAAAUGAGGAGGGGCGAGAUUUGCCUGUAGUACCUUUUCUCCCCAAGCUCGACUUCAGUUUUUCUCUGUCUCUUUUUUAUUCUUCCAGUUCCAUCACCAAAUCCCCUCAUCAUCAAAACUCAUUUUGUCGGCAUCUCGCUGGCUUUUCUUUGCUUCUUGAGCUCUUUUUGGCUUUGAUCCUUUUUGGAACUCUCUUCAUAUCAGACAACCAGAGAUUAAAUUUGAUUUACUUUUGCCCCUAUACGAAUAGAAGGCUUUCUCGCUUCCACAAGGCGAAGUCGAAAGCUGGACAGGCCUACCUAGGAUAGCUCACCAUGCAUGUCCUGGGCAGAAUCACAACCAUGACAAUACUACGGCAGAUUGCCCUGUUUGGGAUAUGCGUGCUAGCACUUCUCUCUGCUGUAGCUCUACAGACCCCCAGCCUUGGUACCAAUACCAUUGAGCAGGACCUCAACUCCCACAGUCUCUCACAGAUGCCUUUUCUUGAGUUACGAUCAGAGCCUGAGCUCAAACUCAACAUCAAGAGGGAUGACAAUCAACUUCCUGGACUGCUCGGCGGCGUUUUAAACCCUCUACUCGGCGGUGUAGCUCCGUCGACCCCGGCAGUUCCUGCAGCUCCUGUUCUACCGUCAGCUCUUCCUCCGGUAUUGCCAGCGCCUGAGAACGCCCAACCCAGCGCCCCUCAAGUUCCAGCUACAUCACUUCCCAUCCAACAAGCCCCCUUGCCACCAGCACCGGUACUGCCAGCUCAGACUCCGGCACAACAAGGCGGUGGUGGGAUCCUAGGCGGUAUCAUCGGAGGACUGCUCGGUGGCGGGGACGCUCCAGCUCCUCUACCAGAAGUCCCGCUGCCUGGUCCGGCAUUGGCCCCUUCACCUGCAGUCCCGGUACCCGCGGCUCCAGCCGUACCCGGAGCCGAUGCUCUCAACAUCUUGGGUGGCCUCGGUGGGCUUGUGACUGAUGUGAUCGGCAAAACAGGUGUCUUGCAGGGUGUCGUCAACGGUGCGGGACCAGCAGCCCCUGGCCUUGGACCUAUCUCCCUUCCGGAUGUAAGCGACAUCAUGAAAGCAGCCGAAAGUGCUGUCUCUGACAGCGUGCCUAUCGGCGAUGUUGUUGCCGCAGUUGCCGGAAAAGUCAUGGAUACCGUCAAUGAAGUCGCCAACACACUCGUACCGGUACUCAAUGAGACCACAAGUGCCAUUGUUCCCUUGGCGGAUGGCGUCAGUGCAGUUUUGCAACAUCCACCUCUUGGCGAUGUCUUGGGUAAAGUCGUGGAUACUCUUGCAGACUUUACAGCCCAGGUAGUCAACGCUACAACUCCUGUGUUGGACGCUGUCGACGACUUAGUCCCCCUACCAGUCAGCCUGUCAAAUAUCGUACAAGGGGCCGCUGGCGCUGUCAAUGAAGCUGCCAAAGGUGUCAAUGAGCUGUUAUGUGAUGUCCAGGGUGUGGACGCUGUCUCUGUAAUUCUGAGAAAACCCUGCACCGAGCUGGCUGCCAGUUUCGCGACUGUCCUACCGGAGCAGAGCCCACUGUCCAUCGUGGUCACAAGUCAGACAGUCCUUGUCAGCCUCUCUUGCCAGCUCAGUUCUGCCAACCGUCCCGGCAGCUCAGCCAAGCCCCAUCUCGGCUUCUUUGAUGCCUUCAGUUCAACCAGCGCCUUCAGUCCAACCGGCGGUAUCAACAUGGCUACUGCCUCAUCAAGCCCACUGCCCUCAAUCUUGGUGCCUGUUCCUGUGCCAUCGUCUCCUCAACCUAGCCCGUCAGACCUGCUACCUGGACCUUGCCCUGGCAGAGGCUAUACUUGUGACAGGUGCUCAAGCGGCUGGUUCUGCCCCAAUGGCGUACAGCCGCGAAGAGAUACGCCGUGUGGCUAUGGCUGGGCAUGCGGCGACUGUAUCACAGGAUUCUUCUGUGUCCCAGAUCCCGCUACACUAUCCAGUGGGCUUCAAGCUGCUGUCUGUCCCGUUCCAGCUCCACCUCCAGCUCCUCUUCUGCCAUUAGCACCCUCACUUCCACGGCCUGUCCCGGCUCUACCCCAGGGAAGGUAUGCAGGUUGCUACUCGGAUAGCACUGAACGCGCCCUUGGAGAUUUGAAAUUUCUAGGGCAGGUAGACGGAACGCCGAUGGACAAUAACCAAUGCCUCGACAUGUGUAAAAACGCCGGAUACAAGCUCGCAGGCACGGAGGAUGGAACCGAAUGCUACUGUGGUAACUAUGUUUACAACUCUUAUCUGAUUGACGAUUCGAGGUGCAGCACCCCGUGCUCGGGUGACAGUACCGCCAGCUGCGGAGGUCCAUGGGCCCUCGCCAUAUACAGCCCCGAUGGCAAAGUCGAAGUGAAGGAGCCUGCGUUCACAUUGACCGAACCGGCCCCUGGUACACCUGAGACGACUCUUCAUAUUGGUGGUGUUCGCCAGACUGUGGUUCCUGUGACCAUGCCUGUCUUCAUGUGGCCGCCUCCUGUCGGUAAUGUGCUGCCUCCGAUGCCGAGCAGCAGCUGUACUACCAAUACCCCGACAACAUCAUGCACAAAAUCUGCGGUGCCUUCUAUUGAUGCGGCAGGCUUGUUGUCUUCUGUGGGUGCGAUUGUAUCAGACGCCAUGAUCAGAGCCAGCUCGGUGGAGUCUGCUGUGCUGUCUCGCGCAUCGACAGCCAUUGAUGGUGCCAAAAGUAUGGUAAACGGCGGCAUAUCAAGCGUGGUUGGCGAGAUGAACUCUUUUAUCUCGGUUGUGGCCCAGCAGACAUCCAACCCUUUGAUUGGCGUUAUGCCAGGUCCUGUCAUACCUUCUUGUGUCGGAUCAGGGCCUGGAUGUGUGCCUGCGGCAUCAGGACCUAUGCCAACUGGAGAGCCGGUCCCUGGGACAGGGAAUCCCUCUGUGGAAAGCACACCGGGCUCGGGAACACCAGGAUCGGGCAUACCAAGCUCAGGUACACCGGGCUCUGGAGAUACGCCUUCAGAUGGAGCUACUCCGGGAGUUCCCGUAAUAGCCACCUACGGACAAAGCAAAGUGUCCAAUUCUGAAAAGGUGGAUGAGGAAUAUGCAUCGAACAUUAGGCAGAGGAGGCAGGCUCGUGGACGCAUCGGAGCCAUGUGAUGACCAGACUAUGGAGUCGUACUGAAGUUUCCAGAACUUACGUUUCACACUGAGCAUUACUGACCCAACACUACUGUGGAACUCUUGUCUUGAGUUUUCUUUGUCACAGCCAUCACAGUACUGUCGUUACACUUAAGCACGCCAAGGAUUUCUUUGUUUGCCAUUGACUCUCGAUGUUUUUCAAGAGUGCCGUCAUUAUAUUCGGUCUGGCUGGUCAUUCAUUUGAAACAACUGCAGAAUUUCUGGCUCUGGAGGAAACAUGAGAUAUAUACAGCACCAAAAAGACUUCAUCCGACAGGGGCAUGAGUGGUUUAAGAUCUUAUUAGGAGGAAAAUACUUUGACCUUUUUGGAACCCCAUUCUAUCUCUGUCCAUCACUAUAGUUUGUUGUGCCUGAAAUACGAUAUGGCAGCUCUCUUCAUUGUGAACAAUAAUUGACUGUUUCAG